CACUGAGUUCAUACUACGAAGCUCCGGAAAGUAUGAAGAAAUUUACCAGAAAACAGUUAAUGGAGGGGACGCUUUCCAGUUUAUAUAUUGGGAACAAUUCUUCGUGGCUUCUACUUCAAAAUCUGUUGGUAGGUUUUCUUCGGAUUCGAAGCUCAAGCACAACAUGUCUAGUGGCGAUGAUAGCGGCAACGGUAACGGUGGCCGCGGCGGCCUAUUCUUUGCGGUGAAGAAGUUAUUGCAUCAUCGGUCAUUUUUCCGGAGUCGAGGAGAAAAUCACCUCUCAAUCGGUUCCCCUAUGAAAAAUUCAAGCCCUUCAAGCUCAAUUCAAAGAGGCACAUUUUCUCCAUCUCAAAGCAGUUUGUUAUCAGAGGAGUCUUUGCCCAGAAAUGCUGGUAAUGAGUUGAGGUUUGAUAUUGAGAGGAUUUCACUUAAGAGUUCUGAAGAUGGAUUGCCAAACUCGGUGUCAUCUGCUGAUGGAGACUCCCAGCAAGGCCAUAAUCAAACCACCUCUGUAUCACCUGAUUUAUCUUGCACUCUAUGUGUUUCUAGGAAUAAUUCAAUCUCUUCUAGUGCAUAUCAAGGAGAGGGAUCAUCUCUGUCUUGUCCCCGUUUGUGUUCUGGGGAAUUUUUGCCCAUAAUAGCUGGUAAUGAGCUGUGGUUUGAUGAUGAGAUGAUGUCUCCUGAGAGUUCUCAAGAUAGGUACAAAAGUAUGAGCUCAGUUCAUACUCAGGGCUAUAUCUCUGUAUCACCUCUUUCAACAAUCUCGAUUGGCCUUAGGCAAAGUUCAUUCCAUUCUAGUGCAAUCCAAAGAGAAUCAUCUCCAUCUCGUCCCCGUUUCUCUUCUGAUGAAUCUUUGUACGGUAUUCCACGUUAUAUGCUGAGUUCUGACAUGGAGACGAAUUCUCGUAAGAGUUAUGCAGAGUGGCUGACAGGCUCAGGAAAGGGAAGUAUAAGCUCAGGGAAUUCAAGCAUUUUACGUGCAGCUAUUGGUGAUGGAAAUCAGGUUUAUUAUUUCCUAUCCCCAGUGGGGCUACAAUCUCAUCUUCACUCAAUUUUCCGAAGAGCAUGUGAAAGCCUUGUUCCAAGAAUGGUUUCUUCCUCUGCCACUGAAGCAAGGGCAUAUCGUGUGGAAGUCGAGAAUCAUGUUAAGAAGCUUGUUGAGGACUUGCAGGUCACUUCUACUGAUGUGCUCAGAAAUGCAGCAGCUGAACUCCAAUUGCUUGCCAAUUUGAAUAUGGACAACCAGAUUUUGAUUGCAAACCAUGGUGCCAUCAGCUUGUUGAUUAGCCUUCUGCAUUCUGUAGACACAAAAUUACAGGAAAGUGCUGUUAUAGCACUUCUGCACUUGUCAGCUAAUGAUAACAACAAGUGUAUGAUAGUUGAUGCUGAUGCAAUUGAACCACUGAUUCAUGUCCUUUCAACUGGGAGCCCAGAGGCUCAAGAAACCUCUGUUGCCACUCUUUUCAACUUAUCAGAUAUUGAGGGAUUUAAGGUUAAGAUUUGUAGGGCAAUAAAAGCUGUUGUUGAAUUACUGGCCAAUGGAACUCCCAGGGGCAAGAAAGAUGCCGCUACAGCUUUGUAUUACUUAUCUAUACUUGAUGAACACAAGUAUCGUAUUGUGCAGGCAGGUGCAGUGAAGUACCUCAUAGAGUUUAUGCACCCUAAUGUUGGGAUGGUUGAUGAAGCAGUUUGUAUUUUGUCUAAUCUUUCUUCCAUUUUUGAGGGAAGAUCAGAAAUUUGUCGAGAAGGAGGGAUCCCUAUUCUGGUUGAGAUUCUUGAGUUGGGAUCUUCAAGAGCUAAAGAGGAUGCAGCUGUUGCUCUCCUGAAUUUAUGUGUGAACAGUAAUGGGUACUGCAAUAUGGUUCUCCGGUUAGGAGCUAUCAUAUCCCUCCAUUAAUGACAUUGUCCAACUGCAGUAACCGCAGAGCACAACAACUGAUGGUGCGCUUCUAACCAUAUAUCUUAGCAAGUUAUCAUGUAUGAUUUCAAUAUGUCAUUAUUGUAAUGAAAUUAUAGUGUGUAUAAA